AUGUCUGAGCCUCAACUGUGGCCGGGAGCCAUGGAUAUGUGGCAGUUUCAUGCUCCACUACCUUCUGGGGCAUUCCCAGUGGCAGCUCCAGCAACUUUGCCGAUCAACGACUCAUCAUCAAGCCUCGUUAAGCUCGAGAAAGCGGAUCCGAUCGAGUACGGCGAUGGCUAUGGACCUCCCGCUCCUCCCGGUGAGGGCUCCUAUCCAGUACCUGCGGAUCCGUCCGGCAACAUGGCCCCAUACUACAAUAGUAUGUAUCCGCUCGGUGGACCAAUGUCAACCAGCGAUCAAAUGAUGCAUCCUCAUCUCGACGAACAAGUGAAGCGUGACAAAGCGGCUAUCCAUUCACAUCCACUUUUUCCGCUGUUAACGGUGCUGUUCGAGAAGUGCGAGCUGGCCACGUCAACUCCUCGCGAGCAGAAUCGCGAUGGAACUUCAAGCAAUGACGUCUGCUCAUCGAGUUCCUUCAAGGAAGACCUCGCCGAAUUCGCUAAAACUGUGAAAAUGGAGAACACUUUCUACGUACCGAAUCGAGAACUCGACAAUCUCAUGCUUCAGUCGAUUCAGAUGCUUCGCUUUCAUUUACUCGAGCUGGAAAAGGUUCAUGAGCUUUGCGACAACUUCUGUAACCGUUAUGUCACGUGUCUGAAAGGGAAAAUGCCGAUGGACAUCGUCGGCGAUGAGCGAGCCUCGUCUUCCCAACCACCCAUGUCACCUGGAUCGACCGCCCAAUCUGCUAGUCCUAGUAUGGGAACUCCUAUGAGCCAUUUCCAACCACCAUACGAGCCUCAAUCCGUUCCGCUGCCCGAGAAUAACCGAGCGAUGCCAAAUUCGAUGGAGGGACCGUCAAUGGGCUAUCCAUUACCCUCUCAACCGGGCCACCCUUUAGCGAUGGGCGGGACGUCACCCUCGGCGGCUGGGACGUCCCAAACCCUGCCCAUGCAAGCCGUCAAUAGCCCUAGCAGUUCGACAUGCCUUCGGAACGAUGUCACCCCACAAUCUGGUGACACACCUGGACAACCUGGCAAUAAUGGCAAUCCUCCAAGUUUGGACUCAAUCUCUGAAGCUGAGCUUUGUAUGUCUACGACUGGCAGUGGCGAUCUGAUGGAUGAAUGUCUUCUACCGACCGGUCUGCUCAUGGACUGUACAGGCUACGGCAUCGUCGCGACCAGCACAGCUGAUCAACAUCAUGGCGCAGGCGGUUAUGACAUGUACAUUGGCGAGUACUGUCAACAGAUCGUCGCCUAUCCACAACAUCCAUCCGAUCCACCUCAAUCGGCUGGUCGUGACACACCACAACGUUCCACUGGCAAAACGGCUGCUCAACAAGCGAAGAAACGCGACGAAUUGCUGUCGCUAUGCGGUUCGAAUGAGGAUGGCCGUGAGAGUGUGCUCAGUGACGGUCAGAACGGCUCCAUAAAUGGACACAAACGUAAAGUGCCGAAAGUGUUCUCGAAAGAAGCAAUCACCAAGUUCCGCGCAUGGCUAUUUCAGAAUCUCACGCACCCGUAUCCAUCAGAAGAGCAGAAGAAGCAGUUGGCCAACGAUACGGGUCUCACCAUACUACAGGUCAAUAAC